GUAAAACCUCAGCGAAGACGAAGUCUUUUGGGGACUAGAGUCCUCUAUCUAUUUCUAUGUCUCCACCACAUGCAGCAGACAGUUGACAUUUUUGACAUUACGCGAAAUAAGUUGGGUACGACCUUGACAGUUUUGUGGUCUCCGGUGAGUACGUGAAAGGGAAUGUCGAACGGUGCAAGAUCGGUUAGUGAGGUGCAUCGGAACGGCAAUAUUAUGGCUCAAGAGAAGCUCCUGGAAGGUUAUGUGGGCUUUGCCAAUCUCCCAAACCAAGUAUACAGAAAGUCCGUCAAGAGAGGCUUCGAGUUCACUCUCAUGGUCGUGGGUGAAUCUGGUUUGGGGAAGUCUACACUGAUCAACUCCCUCUUCCUGACAGACUUGUAUUCACCUGAAUACCCUGGACCCUCCCACAGAAUCAAGAAGACAGUACAGGUGGAGCAGUCGAAGGUGCUGGUAAAGGAAGGAGGAGUUCAGCUGCUUCUCACCAUCGUUGACACGCCAGGGUUCGGGGACGCUGUCGACAACAGUAACUGCUGGCAGCCAGUCAUCGAUCACAUCGACAGUAAGUUUGAGGAUUACCUCAACUCAGAGUCCCGGGUCAACAGACGGCAGAUGCCUGACAACAGAGUGCACUGCUGCCUCUACUUCAUUGCCCCCUCUGGACACGGGUUGAAGCCUCUUGAUAUAGAGUUCAUGAAGCGGUUACAUGAAAAAGUGAACAUCAUCCCCCUCAUCGCCAAAGCUGACACAAUGACUCCUGAGGAGUGCCAACAGUUCAAGAAGCAGAUCAUGCGAGAAAUCACAGAGCACAAAAUCCAGAUCUACGAGUUCCCAGAGACCAACGAUGAGGAGGAGAACAAGAUGGUCAAGAAGAUCAAGGAUCGCUUGCCCCUGGCUGUUGUUGGUAGCAACACCAUCAUUGUGGUCAACGAGAAGCGGGUGAGAGGGAGGCAGUACCCCUGGGGCGUGGCGGAAGUGGAGAAUGGAGAGCACUGUGACUUCACCAUCCUGAGGAACAUGCUCAUCAGAACCCACAUGCAGGACCUGAAGGAUGUGACUAACAACGUCCACUAUGAGAACUACCGCAGCAGGAAGCUAGCAGCCGUCACAUACAACGGAGUGGACAACAACAAGAACAAGGGACCAAUGACCAAAUUUGACACAAGUGAAGGCAUGAGUCCCCUGGCCCAGAUGGAGGAGGAGAGGAGGGAGCACGUGACCAAGAUGGAGAAGAUGGAGAUGGAAAUGGAGCAGGUGUUUGAGAUGAAGGUCAAGGAGAAGAUCCAGAAGCUCAAAGACUCUGAGCUAGAGCUCCAACGGCGCCAUGAGCAGAUGAAGAAGAACCUGGAGGCCCAGCACAAGGAGCUGGAGGAGAAGAGACACCAGCUGGAGGACGAGAAGCACAACUGGGAGGCACAGCAGAGGGUGCUGGAGCAACAGAAACUAGACACAUCCAGAACCCUGGAAAAGAACAAAAAGAAGAAGAUAUUUUAAAAGUAUUUCGACAAGACCACCGUGUGACAAUGUACUAGUUGCCAAUUUACCAACCUGGACUGUCAGUUUGUCUGUCGACCAACAACCUGUUAGUGUGUAUGCAUGGAGGAGCAGUGUGGUAUGUCUGGGGGAGUUCUACCUGGGGUCCUACAUUAGACCUACUGUCACAGACAUGCUCAGUCCUGGAAGGUGUCUCCUUUCUGUUCUCUCGCUCUCCUCCCCAAAGACCUUUCUCAUUCUCCCUGAAAUGGGCAUGUUAGACUGUUGUACAAUCAUGUUUUUUGGUUCGCAGUUCUCAAGCACACGCAGUCCCACACACACACACAACAAAACACACAGGUAUGAGCUAUUUCAUGAUUUCAGAGACGAUUUUCUUUUUGAAACCCAGAAUGCCACAAGACUUGCUUUCUUAUCCUCUUUCUAGU